UAGACAAGUCGUAUGAGCCAAAGAUUUAACCUAAUGACGUCAUAAGGGUUGCUUCGAUCAUCGAUGCAUCUAGCAAGCUCACAAAUGUAAAUGAUCUAGCGCACAAUAAUCAGUGUGGUAUGCUAACGCGCGUUAGCACAACAACGCUCGUUAAUAGUUCCAACGUACAUACAACCGAUACUCCGGGUCACUUCCGUGAGGCUUACAUUCCCGUAUAUAGCGUGAGUGUGGGAGUGGGAGCUGCCCGUUCUGUAAACCCAGCCGUGAAGUAUUGGUUUUCAAGAAGUACGACAUAGACGAAAAGGGAUACAUCGCACUAGAAGACCUGAAGAGGAUGGUCUACGAUAUGGGCUAUGUUAUGAGUGAAGCCGAAUUGGUGGCCGCUGCAACGCAAUUAGACAAGAAUGGCGACGGAAAGAUCACCUAUAACGAGUUUGCGAAUUGGUGGAAAGUGGGAGAAGACCGUUUCGAAGCUCUCGAGUUGUCAGAGAGAGUUCAAGCACAAUGGGCACAGGCAAUCGAUUUCUUCAAAUAUUAUGACAAGGACCUGUCAGGAGACAUUGAUCCGGAUGAGUUCAAGCCUGUAUACAAACAACUGCUCGAUGCUGGACACAAACUGGGGACUCUGGAGCAAGCGAUUGCGACCCUAGAUACGAAUGGAGACCAUCUCAUCUCUCUCAACGAGUACAUUGGCUGGCUGGUCAAACUCGGUGCGCUGUCACUCUAGAGACAAACUGUGAAAAUCUAAAUUUUGGACGCAAUCAUGAAAGUGUAUAAAAUCAAAAAAUUGGCUGGUUGACUUAAGAAUGCGUUUACGUGUACACCGACCUAUUUCACUCUGUAUGGGUGACAUGUGUGUAUCUUGUCAGGCUCAACACCUUGACUGCAUAGUGUUUAGUCUAUACAAGUAAAUAUAUUGUUGUACGGCCCUA